AUGCGUCGUAGAGCUUUGCUACUAUUCACGGUCGUGGGCCUGUACGGCAUGAACACCGCUGCCACCAUUUUGAAUCUGAGACGGGCUAGCGCACAGCCACCUGGUUCUCAGGGUAAGCGAUAUGGAUGUCGCAUCGCCACUCGGUGCUGAUCUACACCGCAGUUUUAACAUAUCAGAACACGGGCACUGUCUCGCCUCUACGGCACGUAGGGAGAGGCAAGGGGUAUGCCGUUGACAUGAAGUUCGGAGGACAGAUCUUCACUGCUCUCGUUGACACUGCGUCAAGCGACAUGUGGCUGCCAAAGACAAGCUUUCAAUGUGUGAAUCCGCGGAAGCUCGCAAUUCAGUUCACACGGUAAGAUCUAUCCUUUCCACAUUUGCACGGGGAGAGUAACGACUGACGUUCAUAGAUUGACCGGCGAGCAGGCCACAUGCAAGCUUGGGCCUGCAUAUGCAGGGACUUUCUCGGACGGUCAAAUCGCAAACCAGCACUUUAACAUCAGCUACGGUUCCGGCGAGUACCUCGUCGGCGAGGCUGGAUAUCAGGACGUCACGCUCGGUGGCAUAACUGUUACGAAUCAGGAAGUCGGUCUUGCGGAUUACGGCUUCUACGCUGCUGGCGAAGAUAUCUCCGGAAUCAUUGGAUUUGGCUACCCAGCUAUGACCAGCGCCUUCGAAGGCGUGAAUCCAGGUGGCGACAUGCAAGGUAUCAACGGUGCUCCUUAUAAUCCGUUCUUCUUCAACGCAGCGGAACAAGGCCUAUGUGAGCCAUAUUUCUCUCUCGCGCUCGAGAGGGGCGAAUCUGGAUACGCGGGACAGCUUGCACUAGGGGCUCUGCCAAUGUUCGAUACAACGAUAACGCGUGGGCAAGCACACCUUUUCGAAUUAUACCGAUUCCAGCGCCCCUUCGGAACCUGGUACCAGAAGCUUUGAGAGAUAUGUUUACGUUUUAUACCAUCUUCCCAGAAGGGUUUCUCCUCCAAGGUCGGCAUUAUCCCUUCUCUACCCAGGGUGAUUUCAAUUCCGCAGUUGAUACAAAGGGCGUAGAUGCGCCCAUGAUCGUUGAUAGCGGGACUACAUUCACACUGGUUCCAGCUCCGAUCAUGAAAGGAAUAGCAGCUGCGUUUGAUCCGCCUGCCCAAUACAACCAAGAGGAGGAAAUCUAUGAGGCCGACUGCCAUGCGGCAGCUCCGGAGCUUGCCGUCAGAAUCGGAGGACAUAAUUUCUUGUUGGACAAGAGGGAUCUCUUAAUACAAGGCGAGAAUGGUGGACUGGAUACGCAGACGGGACUCUGUGUGCUUGGAGUGCAGAACAAGCCCCCGGACGGACCGAAUGUCCUGGGCGAUACGUUUUUGAAGAAUGUGGUUGCUGUUUUUGAUGUUGGGAAGAAGGAGAUGAGAUUUCGUUCAUCGCCACCCCUUGUCAAUGUAUCAUUUAACGUAUCGCUUGAACUGCUUUCUUAG